AUGGACGGUCGUCUGGUCCUGCGCAAUGGGGGAGACGGUGUUGUUGUUCGUCUCUCGAUAUCAUGGUCUACUGCCUCGCCACAUCCGGGCCUCUAUAACCAACGCAAAAAUACUGAAUUUGCACGCACCUUCCCCUCUCACGGCACUAUCAGUAACGGCAACUGUAAUUGCGACAUAUUCCCCCCCCCCCCCACUACUACAGUACCAAUGAUACCAAUAGCGUUUACAAUUACUUCGUCAACGACGAAAGAAAGAACACAUGCGUGUCCGAAAAUUCCGAUUUUAAACAUUUCUUACAUUGGCCAAAUCUAUCUAUCUAUCUAUCUAUCUAUCUAUCUAUCUAUCUAUCUGUGUGUGUGCGCUAUCUAUCUAUGUGUGCGCGCGCGUAUACCAUUGAAUAUCUAUCUAUCUAUCUAUCUAUCUAUCUAUCUAUCUAUCUAUCUAUCUAUCAAAAUUCACCCUGAGCAACACGAUCUAUCUAUCUAUCUAUCUAUCUAUCUAUCUAUCUAUCUAUCUAUCUAUGGCUAUAUCUAUUGCUCAAAUUGUCAUCUAUCUAUCUAUCUAUCUAUCUAUCUAUCUAUCUAUCUAUCUAUCUAUCUAUCUGAUUCUGUUCAUUACCUAUCUAUCUAUCUACCUAUCUAUCUAUUGCUCGAAAUGUUUGUCUCAAAUUGUCCUUUAUCUAUCUAUCUAUCUAUCUAUCUAUCUAUCUAUCUAUCUAUCUAUCCAACUCGAUCAUUCUUCAUCCCAAUUUUCCUGUUUCUCAAACACUCGAUUUUCGCCAUAAAUAGCAAUUCCAUCACAAGGUCAAUUUCAUAUCUAUCUAUCUAUCUAUCUAUCUAUCUAUCUAUCUAUCUAUCUAUCCCAGUCUGUUAUCUAUCUAUCUAUCUAUCUAUCUAUCUAUCUAUCUAUCUAUCUAUCUAUCUAUUUCAGUCUGUUAAUUAUCUAUCUAUCUAUCUAUCUAUCUAUCUAUCUAUCUAUCUAUCUAUCUAUCUAUUUCAGUCUGUUAAUUAUCUAUCUAUCUAUCUAUCUAUCUAUCUAUCUAUCUAUCUAUCUAUGCGAACUCAUACCAAUUUAGAAGUUGUCCGGUUUUCCAUUCUCUUCACUAUUCUUUCUACUCCCUGUUACCUCUUCUCGCCUUCUUUUUCAUUUUGUCUUUCUUUCUUUCUUUCUUUCUUUCUUUCUUUCUUUCUUUCUUUCUUUCUUUCUUUCUCGUUCGUUAUUAACUCAUUCUGA